UUCAGCAUGAUGGCUGCGGAUGCUGCGCCCUGCCGCAUCCUGCAUCCUUUCCUCCUCCUCUCGUGGAUUUCAGCUCCCGCCGCGGCUCUGCUUGGCGUCCGGCCCGAGGACACCCAAAGCGGUGAGCUGUCCGUGCAAGACGGCGUCCUGAAAGCCACGGAGGGAACUCGUUUCAUGUUGCGGGUUUAUUACACGGAGAAUCCCCGCGCGAACCGGAGCGGGGCGGCUGAUGCUGUUCCUGCCGCACCGUGGAUCGCCUUCAUAGAGGAACCGGACCGGGAAGCGGGUCGCUCCAGGGGUAAUCCGUGCGAAGAGGAGAGCGCUCGGAGUUCAGACAUUGAGCUGCUGGGGUCGUUCAAAUCUGCUUCCAGUCGCAACUCUGUGCUGGUGGAGCUCCUCGCCAAGCACCUGCGUCGCGGCGAAGCGGUCAAGUAUUACUCCAUGUGCGCUUUUGACGGCGUCAAAUGGGAGCACUUUGACACUCGAGACUUUUGGUUAGCAGUGGUGGAGAGACCCCCCGAGGCGGACGCUUGGCUGCAAGCCGGCGUGUCCGUGCUGCUGCUCGGGCUCUCAGCACUGUGCAGCGGACUCAACAUCAGCAUGCUGGCACUGGACCCCGUGGAGCUGCGAGUCCUGCAGAACAGCGGCACCGAGAAGGAGCAGAAGUACGCACGGAAAAUCGAGUCUGUGCGUAAACACGGCAACUACAUCCUGUGCACUGUGGUGCUGGGGAACGUUCUCACCAACACUUGCUUCGUGGUGUGGAUGUGUCAGAUUUUGGGGAUGACAGCAUUAUCCACCGCCACCUGCACUUUAGGGAUUUUCUUCAUAGGGGAGAUCCUGCCACAUUCAGUGGCGUCCAGGCACAGCCUCGCCAUCGCAUCCAAGACUCUGUGCGCCACCCGGCUCCUCAUGCUUCUUUUCUUGCCCAUCGCCUAUCCAGUCUCCAAGAUCCUGGACUUUCUUCUCCAUCAGGAGAUUUCCAGUUUCUACACCCGGGAGAAGCUGGUGGCCAUGCUGCGUGUCACCGACCCGUACCACGACCUCGUAAAAGAGGAGCUCAAUAUUAUCCAAGGUGCUCUGGAGCUGAGGACCAAGACAGUGGAGGAUGUGCUCACCCCUCUGUCCGACUGCUACAUGCUGUCCGCGGACGCGUCGCUGGAUUUUGGCACCAUGUCCGAUGUGAUGCAGAGUGGCUUCACUAGGAUCCCGGUCUACGAGAACGAGCGCUCCAACAUUGUGGACAUCCUUUUUGUCAAGGACCUGGCUUUCGUGGACCCAGACGACUGCACCCCUCUCAAGACCAUCACGGAGUUCUACAAGCAUCCCAUGCACUGCGUGUUUAACGACACCAAGCUGGACGUGAUGCUGGAGGAAUUCAAACGAGGCAAAUCCCACCUGGCUGUGGUGCAGCGGGUCAACAACGAGGGUGAGGGAGACCCCUUCUACGAGGUGAUGGGCAUCGUUACCCUGGAGGACGUAAUUGAAGAGAUCAUCAAGUCUGAGAUUGUGGAUGAGACAGAUCUUUAUACCGAUAAUCGGAGCAAAAGGCGGGUAUCGCACCACGAGAGGAAACAGCAGGACUUUUCCAUCUUCAAAGUGGCAGAAAAUGAACUAAAUGUGAAGAUCUCUCCGCAAUUGUUGCUGGCAACACAUCGCUUCUUAGCUACAGAAGUGGAGCCGUUCAGGCCUUGUCACCUGUCAGAGAAGAUCCUGUUACGUCUCAUCAAACAUCCCAACGUGGUGCAAGAACUCAAGUUUAACCCUAAGAACAAACACGCCGCUCAGCACUACCUCUUCCAAAGAAACAAACCCGUUGACUACUUUGUCCUCAUCUUGCAGGGACGUGUGGAGGUAGAAAUCGGAAAGGAAGCCCUCCGCUUUGAAAAUGGAGCAUUUUCCUACUACGGCAUGCCAGCCCUCAUCCCGCCCUUGCCAAUCGGUCAGAGGUAUAGUUCUCGCAGCAGUGGUCUAAAUCAAUCAGAUUCUUUGCUGAGCGGCAGUAGCAUUGGUCAGCUCUCAGCAGGAGGGUUCUACUUACCGGACUACUCGGUUCGGCAGCUCACAGACCUGCAGAUCAUCAAGAUAAUCAGGACACAUUACCAGAAUGCCCUGACGGCUACGAGGAUGGAUAGCUCCCCACAGACACCAGACCCGGUGGACACAGACGCUAAAGGGAGGCCCCCUGUCGUGGAGGCAAGGUCCCACAGCAUCGCCCUCCCACUUACCAGCGCACACACGCGCUUGGGACUGGCACGCCUUGCUCAGCUCCAUCCCCACUCAGGACUUCGUAACACAUCCCGGCUCAAUGAGCGAAAUCGUAUCGUUCGCAGUAAAUCCGAUGGGCAGCGGAGUCCCAAUGAUACUGUGUUCCUCCGUAUGGAUGAGAUUCCUUACAUCCAAGAGGACCGACCAGAGAAUUACGGAGAAAAUGAUGUGCCUACAGACUCUCAGCUUUCCACCUCCCCUUACAUCAGCUCUCGAUCUCUGUCAAGCUCGGAGGAGAACGUGGGGAAGAAGCUCCUGCGCAAAUUGAGUAACAAGAGGAGGAAAAAGUCUCGGGAUGGAGAGAGGAGCUUGGAGGAAGGUUUGGAGCAACCUUCAGUGAUAAGCUAACAGACCUUUUUUCCCCUCUAUCCAACUGUGCCCGUCACGUAGACUCCCUCAGUGCCCAGCACCUCCCUCCUGGAGCCACAAAUGUCAUGUGCUGUAGCUAUGAGAGCUCUCAGGUCUCCACAGAUACUCCGUCCCCAGUCUGCCUCCCUUGCCUUCGCACCUUCUGUGGUUGAGAAGAGAAGGAAAUGAUGUGAGGAGAAGAAAAACAAAUUAAGAUGAAAAUUCCCACAGCAAUAUAUGGCAGUGUCUUAAUCGGCCUUAUGCGGUGGUUUGAUUCCCUUGUAGGAACUCAAGCUGCUAAUACGCCUUUCACACUGAGUAAACACCACCGUUGGCUGGGUUUAAUGUGUUACUAACAAUUUGAUUUGAUCAUCAUAAUUGGCACCUUGUUGUUAGUUUUCUCAGCUCUAAUGAGUUCUUUUGUAGUGAUACGUAAACAUUGAACCAAGGCAACUAGACAGUUUUUUUGUUAUGGACGUUUUACCUUUAAAGUGCCUGAGACACCAUAAAAAAAAUCUUAAAUAGCAUUAUUAUGUGAAUUCAACUCCUUUUGAGACCAUUUGACUAUAUACAACAAUUUGGCAAAGCGCAGAUGACGAGAAAUUAAUCUUUAAAUCAGCCGUUUAGCUACUCCUGAUAUCAUAGCGCUCUGGCGCCGCCAUCUGGGUGAUGACAUCGGCAGAGUAACGAUUUCAGCUGAUUUUGAAUUCAGCCCAAUGGAGGAGGAAGAUUCAGAAUGAGGAAAAUGCGACAGAGAGCAGCAACAUGUCAUCGUUUUUAUCUCUCUACUCCAAUAUUUUUACAGGAUAUUCUUUUCAUCUAUGUAUUUUUCCUUAAAUGCUAAAUAAAUUGUAUGGUCAUGACAAAAAAGUCCUGUGCUAAAUGGAAUAUUAAAUAUUAAAAAUGCAUUUAUUCAGUACGACAGGGCUAAAUUACUGCAUAAUAGUCAAAACUGUUGACUUCUUAAACCUCCCGAACGGUAUUUUAUGCCACCGGAGUUAGUCUGCUCUUGUCAUUUCCUGCAGAGACAAGGAAAGAAUGUAAACAAAAGAGUGUGACAGCUAUGCUACAUGCUAACCCAAACCGAGUAGCUCGUCCAAGUCUCUUCCUCACUUUUCGAAAAUGAAAAAACACACAAAACUACCCCGACUCAUGUUACACACGGCAGCGGGGGUGACAGUCUGUACCGAUCGGCCAGCCCCUAGUGGCGAGCAAGUUUCGGCUCGUCGUUGAAUGCCGAAAAUUGCGCAUUCUCUGUAAACAAACCAGCUCACGUCCGAGCUGCCCGAGCCCAAGCCGAGGAUAGCGCUCUCUCAGCGGGCACACACGUGUAGACCAUGUAGUAGGUACGCGCUCCUCCGACGUCGGCCAGUUUGUCAUUCUCCAGCUGCUUCCCCGGCAAACGAGCUCUCCUGCCCGCAGCAGGAGAACGUAGAGCUGUAACUUGCUUGCCGCCGGGCGGGUUUCUGAUCGGCAAAGACAAUCGACAAUCCUGUCGCCGUGUGACAUGAGAUAGUUUUAUGUGAUUUUUCGCUUCAAAGACUUUGAAACAUCACUCUGUUCAGGUUAGCAUGUCGGCUAGCUGUCACGCCACCUGAUUUGUUUACGCUCUCCGAAGCCGUGGCAGGGAAAUGACAAAAGCCGGACUAACUCCGGUGGCAUAAAAUAGCGUU